UUUCAGAACCGGAAACUUGGUUAUGAGGAAGACGUAGCAAUCUAGCUGCCAACAAUUGCUUUUGUCCAAGUUUUGCUUUCGACAUUGUUAAGACUUAAGUCUGUCAAGGUAUUCGCAAUGUCGAGUUCAUCCAGCAUCGCAGCGAUGAAGAAAGUUGUGAAACAGUUACGCCUGGAGGCUGGCAUCAACAGAGUCAAGGUGUCCCAGGCCGCCGUAGACCUGCAGCAGUUUUGUCUUCAGCACGCCCAGCAGGACCCUCUGCUCACCGGCAUGUCGUCCAGCAAUAACCCGUUCAGACCGCAGAAAGUCUGCUCGUUCCUAUAACACACACUGACCCUUUAAAGUUUUGGUGCCUUGAGGAACUUGGAUGCACGAUCUGCACUGUGGACUAGAAACGUCUCAGGAUUUUGAGAACAGGCAACUAACUCGAGAGUUUUUUGUACUUUUGCUAUUGUAAAAUGUAAUAAGGAAACAUUCCCUGGUGCUAAAAGCAGCAUAAUAAAUGUCCUAACUUCUUUGCUUAAAAGUAACAGACACAUUUCAACACUUGUGCCUUUUUUGAUUUUUUCUUUCAUGCCUAAUUUUGAGAAUAAAUGAUAACUCAAAAUUG